AUGGGGAGGCGGCGGGAGCCGGGCAGGGCGGCGGGGCCCGGCGGGGCGGCGAGCUGUCAAAGAGGCAUCCCGGGCGCUGCCAGAGACCCCCCCUUUCCCCUCCCCUCCGCGCCGGCCCCGCUCGCCAUGAACGCCGAGGAGCAGUAUUACGCCUCGGCGCAGCUCUACAAGGAGUCGUGUGCGUUUCAGAGGGCCCCGGCGCAGGAUUACAGCCCCAGCCCCCCCGCCUGCCUGUACAUGGGCAGGCAGCAGCAGCCUCCCUACCCCGGCGCCUUAGGAGCUCUGGAGCAAGGCAGCCCGCCAGACAUUUCACCUUACGAGGUGCCCCCCAUCACCGAGGAUGCCGGGGUCUCCCACCUCCAUCACCACCACCACCCUCAUCUUCCUCCUCCCCACCAGGACGCGCUGCCUUUUGCAGACGGGGCGGACACGGGGGCGAUAGAGGAGCCCCGGGUGCAGGUGCCUUUCGCCUGGAUGAAGUCCACCAAAUCGCACGCCUGGAAGGGACAGUGGACCGGGGGUUCCUACGUGGUGGAGCAGGAGGAGAACAAGCGGACGAGGACGGCGUACACCCGGGCGCAGCUGCUGGAGCUGGAGAAGGAGUUUCUCUUCAACAAGUACAUCUCCAGGCCGCGGCGGGUGGAGCUGGCCGUCAUGUUGAACUUGACCGAGAGGCACAUCAAGAUCUGGUUCCAGAACCGGCGGAUGAAGUGGAAGAAAGAAGAGGACAAAAAACGAGGGGCGGGCACCAACAAUGACCCCGAGCAAGACUGUGUGGUGUCCUCCGGGGAGCUCCAAGGCAAGGAGGAUCUACCGCCGUGCCCUCCCGGGAACCUGCCCUCGGGGGCCUCCAGGGACCUGCUGGCCCCCAGCCUGGCCCCCAGAAGGCAGCAGGACUCUCGGUGA